AUGUCCCUGGUGGCUUACGAGUACAGCAGCGACGAAGAAUCGGAUCAUGAAGAACCGAAAGAAGCUGAACAAACGGUGGUGAAUCAAAACGACACCCACACGGAUCACAACAGCGGAACGGAACAGAACGCAAUAGAACCCAAAGAUCCCGCCGAUGACGAUUCUGAAGCACCGAAGAAUCAUUUGCAUCUUCCUGCCCCAAAACAUCUAAACGAUCUAAGCGUGGUGGAAGAAGAUGAUGAAUUCCUACGCAAAAAGGCAGUUCCGGCUAACAUCCCACUACCACAGCCUCCGUCCGCCUUGAGCCUGCCUGCAAAGCCCAAAGUCCGCAAUGGUAAGGUGCAGAUUACCAUCCCCUCAAUGAAGGAAUUCGCGGAUGGAGAUGAUGUGCAAAAUGCAAAGAAAGAAAAGCCAAUCAUUGGUGCGGCACUACCGAAGAAAACGACAAACCUGUUGAGUAUGUUACCGAAACCGAGGACUGCCCUGUUUGACUCCAAACCGUCAGCGUCAAGCAGCUCGGCCGGUCCAUCCACAAGUGCCAGCUUUAGCAAACGUCUCGUUCCUGAUUCUGUUGCCAAUCGACCGCGCAAUGUUCCACUGAGUGCGACCAAGUCGAGCAGUCGUACAACCGUCGAUGCCUCCACAAAACCAAUCAAAUCUGCUGUGUCAUCAACUACGCAACCAGACAACAGCGACGAGGACGAAGAUGGAGACGAGGAGCAAAUGUUUGAUUUCUUCUCGUUCAACAAAGUCGAAGAAUUGCCCACGGUCAGUACGAACGAAAUCAGUGCGAUGGUUGCUAAAAAAGCUGCCAAACUUGCGGAGAACGUCCGUAAAUUAACUGAAGCGGAAGAACAAGCGGAAGCUAAUGCAUCCGCUGCGUACGAAAACGAUACCGCUGCAACACACCAGACGGAGGACGCAUCGGAAGAUUUGGCAAGUGAGACAGCUCUGUCCGCCCUCAUCGGCGGUAAUCGUGCUAAGCGGGCCCGCAUUGAGGAGGUCGAUCUGAUCGAAAUUACAUCCGCGGACAUUGUUCCAUCGAAGGAAGACUUUUUGCGACGCCAACUGCAGGAUGAAACGGGUUACGUGCCGACCGGACAUCUGGUGGGCGAUUGGACGUGCACCAGCAAGCGAAAAUCGCACAUCACACAGCUGGCAAGCAAGGCACAAGCGAACGCGCAGGAGCUGGAAGCAAUGUGGGCCGCAAACCGACAAUCCAGGCGGCAAACGCAAAGUAAAUACGGGUUUUGAGUA